UAAUUUUGACCAAUUUACAUUUUCCUGGCAGAGGCUGGGGUCCUGGGUUUCAUUCUUAGACCAAAGACGUCGACGACGACGACGACGAAAGAGAGGUUCGGAACUUGGACCAUGGUCGCUGCCCUGCUCUGAUUUUCCGUUUUCUUUCUCUCUCUCGAUUCAGAAUUUCAAUUCACUUUGCAAUUCGUUCGCAUUUGAAUCAUUUCACUUUGCUUUGUGAAUUGGGUCGAAUUGCACUCACACACACAGAAGAAGACGAAUAAGAAGGUGGGUAAAUAUGGGAAUGAAACAAGUCAUCAAGAACCUCGACGCGUUUCCUCGCACAGAGGAUCACUUGUUGCAAAAAACCCAAUCUGGCGCUCUCGUUUCCAUAAUUGGUCUAAUUAUAAUGGCGACGCUGUUUCUGCACGAGCUGGGUUAUUAUCUCACAACUAACACUGUCCAUGAGAUGUCAGUAGACUUGAAGCGUGGAGAGACCCUUCCAAUCCAUAUAAACAUGACAUUUCCUUCUUUACCUUGUGAUGUUUUAAGUGUGGAUGCCAUUGAUAUGUCAGGCAAGCACGAGGUGGAUCUUGAUACAAACAUAUGGAAACUUCGUCUGAACAGUUAUGGCCACAUAAUUGGCACUGAGUAUAUAUCUGAUCUUGUCGAAAAUGAAAAUGCUGCUGGUCACAAGCAUGAUGAUGAUAAAGAACAUCAUGAGCAUUCAGAAGAAAAAGCUCACCUACAAACCUAUGAUGAAUCUACUGAAAAUACAAUAAAAAAGGUGAAGGAGGCAUUAAGCAAUGGGGAAGGAUGCCGGGUUUAUGGUGUUUUAGAUGUUCAGAGGGUUGCUGGAAAUUUUCAUAUUUCAGUGCAUGGAUUAAAUAUAUAUGUUGCACAAAUGAUCUUUGGUGGAGCGCAGAAUGUGAAUGUAAGUCACAUGAUCCAUGAUUUGUCAUUUGGCCCCAAAUAUCCAGGAAUUCACAACCCACUUGAUGAGACAACAAGGAUUCUUCAUGAUACAAGUGGAACGUUUAAAUAUUAUAUAAAGGUUGUUCCAACGGAAUAUAGAUAUAUCUCAAAAGAAGUUCUACCAACUAAUCAGUUCUCAGUUACAGAAUAUUAUUCCCCAAUUCAUCAGUUUGAUCGGACCUGGCCAGCUGUCUACUUUUUGUAUGAUCUAUCACCUAUUACUGUCACUAUCAAAGAAGAACGCCGCAGUUUUCUUCAUUUCAUUACUCGGCUUUGUGCUGUGCUUGGUGGAACGUUUGCUUUAACAGGGAUGCUAGACCGUUGGAUGUUCAGACUUGUUGAAGCUGUAACUAAACCAAAAUCUAAACGGUAGAUUUGGAAGUCAUUACAAUUUCUAGGAGCUCCCCUGCAUAUCAAAGUGAUUCCAGGAACAACAUGGAAUUGACUCCCACCUUCAGAUGUGAAAUAUAAUGUGCACUGAUGAUUCAAACACAGUUAAGCUUUCACAAAUUUGUGGUCAUACGAUUCCUUAUGCUGCCUGACAUCAAUGGCUAGCUCAUCUUAAUCUCUUUUCUUUUUUGGAAUGGAUGUUUCGGUGUUCCGUGUGAUGGUAACAGCAUUGUCAUUGUGCAAUCAUAACUGUGGACUUUGCUCUGUAAAACUCAAAUUUUGAAUAUAGUGAUUUAAAUCGUCAGUUUCUUGUA